AUGCCUCCCUUACCAGGAUUCUCCGACAAUCAGUUCGAAAGUCGAGACGACUUUAUCAAAGCAAUCAUUGCCCUACUUGAUCCCCUCAAGAAAUACUUCUCACCAAACAAAUCUACAAUUAAAAUACCAGUAGCGACGGGAGCACAUUUCGAUGAGUCGGCUGCGCAGCUAGAGGGUUUCGCUCGCCCCCUAUGGGCGAUUGCCCCAUUACUCUAUGGUUACGAUUCUAUCAACAACAACAACAAAGAGUUAGCAUCUCGAGUUGACGAGUUGGUCCAACCAUGGGUUGACGGUCUCAUAGCUGGGACAGACCCUGAGCAUGUCGAAUAUUGGGGAUCUAUCAAGGAUAUGAGCCAGCAAAUGGUAGAAGCGGAAAUGAUUGCAUUCGCACUUAUUGCAGCCCCGAACAGGUUUUACAAUCCGCUAAACGACAGACAGAAAAUGAAUGUCAAGUCUUGGCUGAGCUCUAUCAAUGGAAAGGAAAUGCCUCCAACGAAUUGGCGAUGGUUCCGUGUGUUCUGCAACUUGGCUCUGGUCAAGACUUGUGGAGUGCCUCCAUCUCAAGUCCAAGGCAAUAUGGAUGCAGAUCUUCAGUUGUUGGACAAUUUCUAUAUUGGCGGUGGUUGGUCAGCCGACGGACCUUGGCAAACUUCUGAGCAAGCCGAUGAAGAGCGGAGCGUAGCCGUCAAGACUGGUCGUUAUGAUGGAAUUGGAGUAGGAAGACAAGCGGACUAUUACUCUGGCAGUUUUGCUAUUCAAUUUAGUCAGCUUAUAUACUCCAAGUUUGCUGUCGAUAUAGACGAGGAGAGAUGCGAGACGUACCAACAGCGGGCCCGUGAUUUUGGUGCCGACAUCUGGAAGUACUUCGAUUCAGAAGGCUCUGCUAUCCCAUUCGGUCGGUCCUUGACAUACCGGUUUGCUUGUGGAGCAUUCUUUGGUGCCUUGGCCUUUGCCAAAGUACCUAAUAUGCCGAAGCCAUUGGACUCACCAGCAGCUGUCAAGGGCUUCCUUACACGGCAUAUGAGAUGGUGGGCACAAAACUCAUCCGAAAUCUUCGCUACCGAUGGUACUCUGACAAUCGGGUGGCUCUAUCCGAACAUGUAUAUGAGUGAAGACUACAAUUCUCCUCAAUCGCCGUAUUGGUCUCUCAAGACACUGAUAGCAGUCGGACUGGCAUAUGAUGACGAGUUCUGGACCUCGGAAACACUACCAUACCCCGAGUUCGACCCUCCGAGUCAACUUGUCCGGGCCCCCCAGCAGAUUCUCUGCAACCAUCCGCUUGGAAACCACCACUUUAUGCUCACACCUGGCCAAUUCGUGGCUUGGCCGAUGAAAGCAAACCAAGCAAAAUAUUGCAAGUUUGCCUACUCUUCAGCUUUUGGCUUUUCCGUCCCCACAGGACCACUGAUCAAGCAAAUUGCUCCGGACAAUCAACUGGCGCUGAGUAGAGAUGGCGGAGAGAACUUCGUGGUCAAGUGGAAAUGCUGCACUGUGAAAUUUGGUAUCAUCUCAAGUACAACAGAUCGCAACAUUGCAGAGAGCAUUCAGUUUGCAAAAGUAACAUGGUUCCCUUGGAAUGAUCGACAUGUAACUGUCGACUCCGUUCUAAUUCCACCUACUGACCAAUGGCCGGACUGGCAUGUCCGAGUGCAUCGUAUACGUUGCAAUAAUACCAUCCCUUCUCUUUUUACAGUCGAGGGGGGGUUUGCCAUACUUGGCCAAAACGCGACCUUUGCAAUUCCAGAUGACGCUACAUCUGACAUGUCUGGGAAAGACCUAUCAAACGAAACUUCGACAGUCAUCUCAUCGGCAGAUGGAACAAGCGGCGUCGUGAUCGAAGCUUUUCUAAAUCGCUCGAGGACAGCCGCCGAGGCUUACCCUCUCAGACCAGAUUCGAACACCAAUAUCGUCAGACAGAGAACACUUAUUCCAGUGGCUGCUGUGUCAAUUCCACAACCUCUUGAGCCCCACACAGAACUACUUAUAAUUACUUCAGUCUUUGCUCUUUCAUCAAAGGCCAAUGGUGGAGUGUCGAGAACUGGAGUCUCUCUGAAGCAGAGAUGGUUAAACCGCCCUUCAAUUGGUAUGGAAAGCAUCGAUGAGGCGUUGAGCGACUGA